AUGUCUUCUCGUGUGGGCCUCCGCUUCCUCAACAACACUCGCUUUGCUUUCCGCAAUGCGUCCGGGCCAUUCCGCCGGCCGGGUGCCCAGGGCUUCCGCUUCUCGAGCUCCGAAGCCGGUGCCGCAGAGCAGCAGAGCACCUUCCAGCGCAUUUGGAACAGCCCUGUCGGUGUGAAGACUGUGCAUUUCUGGGCUCCCGUUAUGAAGUGGUGCCUCGUCAUCGCCGGUAUCUCCGACUUCGCCCGUCCCGCUGAGAAGCUCUCCCUCACCCAGAAUGCCGCCCUCAUGGGUACCGGUGCCAUCUGGACUCGCUGGUGCAUGAUCAUCAAGCCCCGCAACGUUCUGCUUGCCGCCGUCAACUUCUUCCUCGGAUGUGUUGGUGCUGUUCAGGUUACCCGUAUCUUCCUGUGGCAGCGCAGCCAAGACGGCUCUUCCGCUGAGGCCGCCAAGGAGCUCGAGCAGGAGGCCGUUGCCUCCGUCAAGGCUGUCGCCGACCAGGCUGAGGGUGCCGCUAAGAAGGUUGUCGACAAGGUUGAGAAGUCCACUUAA